AUCCAGGUGGUUCAAGAAUACGAAAGAGCGGUUAUAUUCCGGCUUGGUCGUCUUCUAUCAGGAGGAUCUAAAGGACCAGGAAUAUUUUUUGUUCUUCCGUGCAUAGAGUCUUAUCAGAAAGUGGAUUUAAGAACAAUCACCCUUGGAGUACCACCACAGGAGGUGCUGACCAAGGAUUCUGUAACUGUAUCUGUGGACGCUGUAGUGUACUACAGAGUAUCAAAUGCAACAGUAUCUGUAGCAAAUGUUGAGAAUGCUCAUCAUUCGACUAGACUACUGGCACAGACAACACUAAGGAAUAUUCUGGGAACUAAAAACCUUCAUGAAAUUCUCAGCGAUAGAGAGAGUAUAUCUGGUUCUAUGCAGGCAGCACUUGAUGAAGCCACUGAACCUUGGGGGAUUAAAGUAGAACGGGUCGAAAUAAAAGACGUGAGACUUCCAGUUCAGCUGCAACGAGCUAUGGCAGCUGAAGCUGAAGCAGCUAGAGAAGCUAGAGCUAAGAUAAAAAACAAGGAUCUUGCUCAGACAGAUGUUUAA